UAGGGCAUGGCAUUGAAGUUGAAGUGUGGAAGAAUUCUUAAGAGGUUGUUUCCACUAAAGGAAUGGAGGUAUAUGGCAAAUCUAUGGUUGCCGCUCCUGCAAAUGUUAUUUAUAUGUCGAGUAUUUUGGGCCGUGAUGGACCAAAUCCUGUACAUAAGUGCGACUGGAAAUGUGAAAACGAAAAUGUUUGUGGGAACAUGUAUCGCUGCAAGCUAACAGGGCUAACUCACAUCUGUGAUAAAAACUGUAACCAGAGAAUUUUGUAUGAUAACCACAGCUCGCUUUGUAGAGCAAGUGGUCAAAUUUUCCCCCUUACAACAGCAGAGGAACAAGCAGUGAGGGGUGUUCGAAGAAAGCUCGAUGCGGAUAAUUCAUCGUCCGAUGGCUGUGGUUUUAAGCGUAGACGGGAUGCACAAUUCCAUACUUCUCCUUUCGAGAGAUUUUUUUCUGCUGUCAGUCCUAUCUGCAACCAAGUUGGAGAUGACAUGGAUAUGAGCUAGAUACAUGUUUCCUUCCUUUUUGGAUCUUUUUUUCUUUUUCCCUUUUACUAUUAGAUGAGUAUCAAUUACAGCAAUUGAAUAAAUGGACUACCUAUUGGUGGACAACAUGUAUGUCCAUCCACUUUGAGAA